UUAACAAGUUAAAACGCGCAUAUUUUCCGUUACAGGAUGAUUCGGAUGACUAAUACAGAACUGGUAGAAACUUUCGUUAACCAACCACUUGAACGAUUGGCUGGGAUAUAUUUUGAAAAUUUGGCGGACCUACACAUUUUUAGGGACCAUUGGAAAUUUAUAAAUUAUGUUAAUCUUACACCGUUAGAAGAAAAAGAAAAAGUAUUAAAAUUUUAUUUAAAUAAAAUUGAUCUCUUAUGUUAUAGUAAGUACGGAUACGAUAUAACAUGCUCAGGAUUGCAAGAAUUAGAACGCUUACAGCGGGGAUUGGCAAGCCUAAAGGCUGAUAGGGAAACCAUUAACGAUUUAAUAGGUCGAUCUAAUAACAUAAAAGACGAACAUAGAUGGAAACGGGGCGUUUUUGAUUUUGUUGGUCAAAUAGCGAAAAUUCUUUUUGGUACAUUAGACUCAUCCGAUGCCGAAUAUUAUAACGAACAGAUAGACCUUGCGUAUAAUAAUUCAAAACAAGUAACGAACUUGUAUAAAAAACAAAUAAGUAUUAUUCAAGCAACCAUAGGUAAUUUUUCAAAUGCCUUUGCGGAAAAUAACCAAAAAUUUAAAGAAGUAGAUUUUAAUAUAGGAGAACUUCACAAACUUAUAUUAAAAGGAGAAGAAAAAAUAAAUGAAGCACAAUUAAAUACUAUGGUUAAUUCAUAUCUAAUAGAAUGUUCUGAAAUGUUACUUGAAUAUGGAUUAGAAUUAGAAAUAUUAACUGAUGCUAUUUUAUUAGCACGUCGAGGGUUAAUUCAUCCAAAAAUUCUUACGCCCAAAGAAUUGUUUAAUAAUUUAAAAGAGACCCGUUACGCAGUAAAUGAUAAACAGUUACCCGUACCUUUGGAACCUGAUCAAUUUACUAAUCUAAUAGACGUUAGCGAUAUAAACAUAUUUUAUAAAAAUCACCGAUUAAUUUAUGUUAUCGAAAUACCUCUAAUCGAACAAAACAACUUUAUUUUAUAUCAUGUGAUUUCGUUACCAAUCAAGCAGGGCGAGAGGGGCAUUUAUGCAUUCAUAAACCCUAUUUAUACUUAUUUAGGUCUUAGAUCUGAUAAACAAUUAUAUACUCAUUUAACAGAACGCGAUAUUGAUAAAUGUAAAAAGAUUAAUAACGUAAUGAUUUGUAAACAAACGGAUUUGCUAUACCAAGUCUCAGCGAUUCAUAAUUGUGAAUCAGAAUUAUUGAAGUCAGCCAGAUUAGAGAGCAUAUUAAAAGAAUGUGAUGUUCGAGUUAUGAAAAUUCACAACACAGUGUGGUAUCAAUUAAAAACUACGAAUUCUUGGAUAUACACAGCUCCUCGUAACGAAACUCUUCACAUCUUAUGUAAAGACAAUAAGCCGCGACAAACACAAUUAUUUUCAACCGGACUUAUUAAGCUUUCCGCAGAUUGUGAUGCUAUUUCUGAUAAUGCAUUGUUACGCAGUCAAACCAUAGGCGCUAUAAAUACUAUCGAAAAGGAUUAUAUUCCCGAUGUUAAAUUAAAUACUAGUAAAUUAUGCGAAGAUCUCAAGAAACAUAACAUAAAUAUUUCAGAUAUUCACUUAUUAAAUAUUGGUAAAACUCCUAAUUUAGACAUGCAAGUGUUAAAAACCGCAAGCUCCGCUCUAGAUGAAAUUUAUAAAGAAGCAGAAGAGUUAGGCAAACAUCAUCGUACUCAAACUCUGUACCAUAAAGUUAUAGGAUGGUUUUACUAUGUAAUAUAUACCAUUGCAGGCCUAGUAAUUUUAUAUAUAAUUGCAAAAUGUUCAUUAAUAACAAAAUGUAUCGACAUUUUUAAACUAUGUUGCGUACCAAAAGAAGGAUGCGUUCAGUAUUUUUAUAAAUGUUUCAACAAUAAUGUUACAACUCGUCAUAAUGACCCGCGACACGUAGUGACUUUCACCGCAGUACCUACGGCAGAUGAACUUUUUCAGAACGACGAAACUGAAAAAUGUGAAAAGAAUAGUGGAAGGCGUCGAUCUCGUUCCCGUAAUAGCCGACUUACAAAUUUAAUGUAAUUUUAUUGCGUGCGAUUUUAGUAUGUAAGACCAUAUAUUAGUCUUAAGGUUUCAAUUUUAAUUUCAUUUAUGUAUCAAUCUGAAAUGGUGUAACUGUAUUAUGUAUGAACAUUAAUAGAUUAAGUUAUCAUGUCACCGUAAUCGUAAUUCGCUAGAUUAUAAGAAUUUGUCAAAUCAAGAAGGAUCUUUAAUUUAAGGGGGAAGGUGUUACGUGCCUAGACACGAUAAAAAUUCUCUUCUUUAAAAUAUUUCUAUCUAAUCACUCUGUACAAACUAUGUCUUAAAACUAUCCCGAUGUGUCAUACCAGAUCCUUACUUAUUGAUAACCUUUUCUAUCUACGGUCUUUUUAAACUUAAUAUUUGUCUGUUUCCUCGUCCUGUAAACAUCCUGCAUCCCACCUAAACUAUUCUUUAUGACAUAGAUAUCAAUUAUCAAAUUCUCUCCUUUUUAAGAAAUCAACCAAUAGCUAUUUCCGCCUUACGAGCACUUCCUAUGAUUGGACGAUGCUAACUUAUUCCGACUUUAAUAUAAGGAUCCCUCUCGAUGAUUAGAGUCAGUCUCUGUACUAAACCACUAGAAGUUAGACGAAAGUCUGUAAAACGUUAGAAUAAAAUACUUUAAAAUACCAGUGCGAUCUAUCUCUCACAUUACGUGCAUCUCACACGUAACAUAACGCGGAAUAGCCUGCUGGCAAAGACUCGCGGGUUGUCUCGCGAUCACUAUUACGUCGCGCCCGAUUUUGCCUAAUGCACUUAAUUGAAUCGUUGGGCGAUCCCGAAUCACGCGGGAGAACGGAUUCUCGCACGUCCGUCCUCUCUGCAAUGUCAAUGCAGACUUUUUUACGUUCGCACGCAGAGCCCCUUGCUUUCCAUGCACUCCCCUCCACGGCGUUUCCCGAUUGGCUAAUUAGUUGCUAUCUCAUGCGUCUCCGCCAAUCGGCGAACGUCGAGAGGUUAUCUCACUUGCAUUCUCUAUUCGUUUCGCUCGCACACCAUGGGGUCGCAUGCGCGAUGCGCUGCCAUGGUGCUUACUGACUUAUGGUCAGUUUGUAGGCUAAACAUAAAGCCUCAGGUAUGUUCGAGGUUGCCUUAAGGGCUUAAUUUCCUCGAAUCUCUUUUCGAUGUAUUUUGCAGCGUUCAAAACUCAAAUUUAUAAUCAAAAUAAUUAAUUCGGCGUUGGGAUAUUGUCCAUUAUACGCCUUUGUCGAAUAACGUAAAAUUCACUCGCACCUGAGCCCCUAUAAAUUUGGCCUUGUGUUUACGCUUGAAAUUAACAAAAAUAAUCACAAAUAAUGAAAUGACAAGCCAAACAAACUAUAAUUAUCCCGCCUAAGCUGCGGUUGAAUCGUAAACUUCCCAGAUGACCAUCGCUAUAUUAUUCGGUCGUUCCGAAGUUGUAAUUAUAAUGAAAAUGUGAUAAUUAAUAUCUAACCACUGUAUUCUUAAAAACAGGGCAAUGGAAUCAGGUAUCUCGAUGGUUAUCUGCUCUGAGAUGCGUCUCGUGUACAUAAUAGCGGUCUCGUUAGUCCCGUCUCUGGGCGCCCUAACCUAUACCUGUCACUUUGGCUGCUGGUCGGUUGCCUAUCCUACAGGGUUCUUCCUUGGCUCGCGUUCGGCUAAGUUGAAUUAUAAUACCUGUAUUUUAUUACAGUUACGAAUAUUUAUCUAAAUAUAUAUGAAGAAAUAAAUGAAUAUAUAUACAGAGUGUUUGGUAAAGAUUUAUGCAAUUUUUGCAUAAGUUUUAUAAGCAUUUUAUAAUGUGAGCAUCGUCCACGUAUUUUAGGAAUGCACUUAGACAGAAUUAAGAUAUAUUGUUAUUAAGCAUAAAACUACUUAUCAUCUACGGAAUGCACUUACAGAGGAUUAGAGAUAUACUCCUAAUGUAUAUUUUCCAUUAUUCUGUUUUUAAGAAGUACUUUACAUUGUUCUCCUCUGAGUGUAUGGAAUUUCCCUUUUUUUUCUAGUAAACAUAAUACGUCAUUCUACCCAUAUAAAUAGGGCACCCUUCGACGACAGGGUCAGUUCUCUCAGUUAAUAGUUCACAGUACGUAGUACUCAGAAUCACGUAGUUAUAAGUAAUAAUUGUAAAAAUUUGUGAAAUAAAGUUUUUUUUAUAAGAAGAAAAA